AUGUCAGCAUGGUCGAGAUGGUCGACGAUAGGGCUCGUGGGCCGCUCGGUACCUGCAAGGGUGCUGAGCCUCCAAACAAAGCGAGCCUUUAUCGCCAGAAGUGCGACCAUUAGGUCGCCAGCUACCCAGGUGUUUCCAAGGGCAGCGACAAUGAUGUCAAUUCGCCGAUUCGCGACAACGUCCUGCAGAAAACAACUGAAUGAAGACAAGCCUGAAAACGAACGGCGAAGGCAUGUUGAUAUUAUUGGUGGCUUAACGAAAUAUAUCUGGCCCAAGGGCAACUGGUCUGCCAAAGCCCGAGUGCUACUAGCCGUCAGUCUGCUGAUCGGAGCCAAGAUCUUGAAUGUGGAGGUCCCGUUCUACUUUAAAGAAAUCGUCGAUAAGAUGAAUGUAGACUGGGAAGGCGUUGGCACUAUGGGGACGGCUGCAAUUGUCCUAGUUGUCACGUACGGCUUAGCCCGAUUCGGGUCCACGUUCUUUGGCGAGCUUCGCAACGCAAUCUUCGCCACUGUCGCCCAAACGGCUAUCCGUAAAGUGUCAAAAUCGACAUUUGCUCAUUUGUUAAAACUAGACUCGAAUUUCCAUUUGAGCCAUUCUACUGGCCAGCUGACUCGCGCGAUCGAUAGAGGCUGCAAAGGUAUCUCAUUUGUAGUUACUGCUCUGGUGCUACACAUUGUUCCUAUAACCUUCGAAGUCGCUUUGGUGAGUGGUAUUUUGUCUUACAACUUUGGCUGGCAGUUCGCUGCCGUCACUCUGACCACCAUGGCGGCGUACGCUGUAUUCACACUGAAAACCACUGCGUGGAGAACGCAAUUUCGAAGAAACGCCAACAAGGCUGACAACAUUAGCUCAGGUAUCGCUACCGAGACACUUGUGAACAUUGACAGUGUGAAACUGUUCAAUAACGAAGCUGCUCAAAUCGCCAAGUAUGACGAGGCGUUGAAAAAGUAUGAGGUUUCCAGCAUCAAAAUUGCAACAUCUCUUGCCUUUCUUAAUUCAGGACAGAACUUCAUUUUCUCAACUGCGCUAACUGCAAUGAUGUACAUGACCUGCCAAGGGCUGGUCGGCGGCACUAUGUCUGUGGGCGAUUUGAUCCUAGUAAACCAGCUUGUAUUCCAGCUUUCAGUUCCUCUCAAUUUCUUGGGAUCUGUUUACAGAGACAUGAACCAGGCACUUCUUGAUAUGGAGACGUUGUUUGAUGUCCGCGAGCACCCCGUGCACAUCAAGGACUCUCCGGAUGCCAAGCCGCUUCAAAUAAAGAACGGCGACAUUAGAUUCGAAAACGUCUGUUUCGAAUAUCGGCCUGGUGUUCCGAUCCUGCAGAAUGCUAGUUUCACCAUACCUGGUGGCACCAAGGCGGCAUUCGUGGGGCCUAGCGGCUCUGGUAAGUCAACUAUCUUGCGUUUACUGUUCCGCUUCUACGAGCCUACAUCGGGAAAGAUUUACAUUGACGAUCAAGAAAUUCGGUCCGUGACAUUGAGCUCUCUGCGUCAAGCCGUCGGUGUCGUCCCACAAGAAACACCGCUUUUCAACGACACCGUUGGAAACAAUAUCCGGUUCGGUCGAUUGAGUGCUACUGAUGCUGAGGUAGCUGAGGUUGCGAACCGUGCAGAGCUCGAUACACUACUCAGGCGGCUGCCUGAUGGCCUUGAGACAACGGUGGGUGAGCGGGGCAUGAUGAUUUCUGGAGGUGAACGCCAGAGACUCGCAAUUGCUCGUGUUCUUUUGAAACAAGCACCGAUAAUCUUUUUCGACGAAGCUACUUCAGCUCUGGAUACUCAGACAGAGUCUAUUCUGAUGGACACUAUUAAUCGCAACAUCAACAAACUAGGUGGGACUGCUCUGUUCAUUGCUCAUCGUCUUCGUACUGUCGCUGAAACAGACAAGAUUUUUGUUCUACGCGAAGGCGCUGUUGCCGAAGAAGGAAGUCAUCGUGAGCUUUUGGCCAAUAAAAACUCCUUGUAUUCGUUCAUGUGGAAAGCUCAGGAGGUUCAACAACUUGCAGAGGAAAUUGAGCUCACUGAAGAGGAGGUAAUCAACCAGCGUGAAACUGCAUAA